GGUGAGGUAAUGUUACCCGGAAGGACUCCCAUGGAUCUGGCUGGACCGUCACCAUGUACUCGAUCAAUACUAUGGUACAGUACCGCGGGCUCCACGAUCUACGCUGGAAUGCGCCCCUCGCCCCCCUCGCCAGCUUCCCCUCUCUAGUAGCCUUCACCCCCCAAUCUUCUUCGUGUUGGCUUUAUUUAAUAAGGAUGGAAAUCCCGCUCUUCUUCAAUUGUUUCUCCCUCUCUCCUCUCUCCUUCUCUCAGACCACAGCUCUAUCCUUCCACCAUGGCUGACCUUUUCACCACCAUCGAGACCCCCUCCGUCAAAUAUGAACAGCCUCUGGGCUUGUUCAUCAACAAUGAGUUCGUCAAGGGUGUCGAAGGCAAGACCUUUGAGACCAUCAACCCUACCACCGAGAAGCCUAUUGUUGCCGUCCACGAAGCAACCGAGCAGGAUGUAGACCUUGCCGUUGCUGCUGCUCGCAAGGCCUUUGAGGGUUCCUGGCGCCAUGUUACUCCCACCGAUCGUGGCCGCCUGCUGACCAAGCUGGCCGACCUUUUCGAGCGUGAUCUCGAUAUCUUGGCUUCUAUCGAAUCCCUUGACAAUGGUAAAUCUAUCACCAUGGCUAAGGUCGAUGUCGCCAACGCUGCUGGUUGCUUGCGCUACUAUGGUGGUUGGGCCGAUAAGAUUCAUGGUCAGACCAUUGACACCAACUCGGAGACCUUGAACUACACUCGCCACGAGCCCAUUGGUGUCUGUGGACAGAUCAUUCCUUGGAACUUCCCUAUCCUGAUGUGGUCCUGGAAGAUCGGUCCUGCCGUCGCGACCGGUAACACUGUCGUCCUCAAGACUGCCGAGCAGACCCCGUUGUCGGCCCUGUAUGCGGCCAAGUUGAUCAAGGAGGCUCAGAUCCCGGCCGGUGUGGUCAACAUCAUCUCCGGUUUCGGUCGCGUGGCCGGUGCUGCCAUCUCUAGUCACAUGGACAUCGACAAGGUCGCCUUCACUGGCUCCACCCUUGUUGGCCGUACCAUCCUUCAGGCCGCGGCCAAGAGCAACCUCAAGAAGGUGACUCUCGAACUGGGUGGCAAGUCACCCAACAUCGUCUUCGACGAUGCGGACAUUGAUAAUGCUAUCUCCUGGGCCAACUUCGGUAUUUUCUACAACCACGGCCAGUGCUGCUGCGCCGGCUCCCGUAUUCUGGUCCAGGAAGGUAUUUACGACAAGUUCGUUGCGCGCUUGAAGGAGCGGGCCGCCCAGAAUAAGGUGGGUGACCCCUUCUCGCAGGAUACUUUCCAGGGUCCCCAGGUCUCGCAGCUCCAGUUUGACCGCAUCAUGGAGUACAUCAAGCACGGUAAGGAUGCCGGAGCUACUGUCGCCGUCGGUGGUGAGCGCCAUGGCACCGAGGGUUACUUCAUUCAGCCCACUGUGUUCACCGAUGUCACCUCAGACAUGAAGAUCAGCCAGGAGGAGAUUUUCGGCCCGGUUGUCACUGUGCAGAAAUUCAAGGAUGCGGAUGAGGCUAUUAAGAUCGGCAACAGCACCUCCUACGGUGAGUUCUUUGAUAUGAGUACCGAUGGCGACAUGUGCUAAUGUUCUUCCAGGUCUCGCUGCUGGUAUCCACACCAAGAACGUCAACACCGCCAUCCGCGUUUCCAACGCUCUGCGUGCUGGAACCGUUUGGGUCAACAGUUACAACAUGCUUUCCUACCAGGUGCCCUUCGGAGGAUUCAAGGAGUCCGGUAUCGGCCGGGAGCUGGGCUCGUACGCCCUCGAGAACUACACUCAGAUCAAGGCCGUGCACUACCGUCUGGGCGAUGCUCUCUUCUAGUCGAAUGUGAUAUGAUGGUGGAAGUCGCGAAGCUCGCUCCGGCGACGAGCUUGGGAUUAUGGGAUUAACGUCUAUUGCAAGUAGCCAUGACUGGUUCAUGUAAAACAAUCAGCAUACGAAUUUACGAUGAGAAUAUAAUUGUUUGUUUCGCC